AUGGGGAAAUCCUCCAAGGACAAACGUGACGCCUAUUACCGUCUGGCCAAAGAACAAAACUGGCGCGCCCGCUCGGCCUUCAAACUCAUACACCUCGACGAAGAAUUCGACUUAUUCGCCCACUCUGAUCCCGAUAGCGUGCGGCGCGUGGUCGACCUAUGCGCCGCACCAGGCAGUUGGAGCCAGGUGCUCAGUCGUGUGCUAAUUCGCGGAGAGUCAUUCGGUAGGAGACAAUACGAGCUGGACAGAGGCGCUGGGUGUGUCGAUGAGGACGUGCAGCCGCGGAGAGAUGUGAAGAUUGUUUCAGUGGAUUUGCAGCCCAUGGCGCCACUGGAGGGCAUCAUCACUUUACAGGCUGAUAUCACGCACCCGAGUACGGUGCCAUUGCUCCUGAAUGCGCUCAACGAUGAAGGGGAGGAAGAAAAAGUCGACCUGGUACUGUCUGAUGGAGCGCCCGACGUUACUGGCCUGCAUGAUCUGGACAUAUACGUCCAGAGUCAGUUGCUGUAUGCGGCGCUGAACCUAGCUAUGGGCAUACUCCGGCCGGGCGGGACGUUUGUAGCGAAGAUCUUUAGAGGGCGGGACGUGGAUGUGCUAUAUGCACAGCUGAAGAGCGUGUUUGGACGAGUGGUUGUUGCGAAACCCAGGAGCAGCCGGGCCAGUAGUCUUGAGGCAUUCGUUGUGUGUCGAGACUACAAGGGGAGCCCGAAACAGGCUAUUACGGGCACUACGUCUACGGAACGGUAUAUGGCGCGCUUCGUGGCGUGUGGAGAUGUGAGCGGUUGGGAUGCGGAUGCGUCGUAUGAAUUGCCGGAGGACCAUGUGAGUCUGGAUCCGGUGCAGCAGCCGACGGCACCGCCAUAUAAGCGGGCACUAGAACUACGGCGAGCUAAAGGGGGAGCAUUCGGGAAGACCAAAAAGACAUGA